UUUCCGGCCCUGGAGCCGGGACACGCUUUACGCUGCGCGCGGGGAGGAAGCAUGGCGGAUGGCCCGGUGGCCGAAGCGCUGCUGCGGCGGCUGGACGCGGCCGAUGGCGGCCUGGACAGCGCGGAGCUGGCGGCCGAGUUGGGCGUGGAGCACCAGGCCGUGGUGGGCGCCGUGAAGAGCCUGCAGGCGCUGGGCGAGAUCAUCGAGGCUGAGCUACGCUCCACCAAGCACUGGGAGCUGACUGCCGAGGGCCAGGAGAUUGACCGGGAGGGCAGCCAUGAGGCCCGGGUGUUUCAUAGUGUCCCUCCAGAGGGCCUGGCCCAGAGUGAGCUCAUGCGACUGCCCAGUGGCAAGGUGGGCUUCAGCAAGGCCAUGUCCAACAAGUGGAUCCGUGUGGACAAGAGUGCUGCUGAUGGGCCCCGGGUGUUCCGAGUGGUGGACAGCGUGGAGGAUGAGGUGCAACGGCGGCUCCAGCUUGUCCGGGGCGGACAGGCUGAGAAGCUGGGCGAGAAAGAAAGGAGUGAACUCAAGAAGAGGAAGCUGCUGACUGAAGUAACCCUGAAGACCUACUGGGUAAGCAAAGGCAGUGCCUUCAGCACCAGCAUCUCCAAGCAGGAAGCAGAGCUGAGCCCAGAGAUGAUCUCCAGUGGCUCCUGGCGGGACCGGCCCUUCAAGUCCUACAAUUUCUCAGCUCAUGGCAUCCUCCCAGACAGUGGCCACUUGCACCCCCUGCUGAAAGUUCGCACCCAGUUCCGGCAGAUCUUCCUGGAGAUGGGGUUCACCGAGAUGCCGACCGACAACUUCAUCGAGAGCUCCUUCUGGAACUUUGAUGCACUCUUCCAGCCCCAGCAGCACCCAGCACGAGACCAGCAUGACACCUUCUUCCUGAAAGAUCCAGCCGAGGCUCUUCAGCUCCCUACGGACUACGUCCAUCGGGUCAAGCGGGUCCACUCCCACGGUGGCUACGGCUCACAGGGGUACAAGUACAAUUGGAAGCUGGACGAGGCCCGGAAAAAUCUGCUGCGUACACACACCACGGCAGCCAGUGCCCGUGCCCUCUACCGCCUGGCCCAGAAGAAACCCUUCACACCAGCCAAGUACUUCUCCAUCGACCGUGUGUUCCGGAAUGAGACCCUGGAUGCCACUCACCUGGCCGAGUUCCACCAGAUCGAGGGUGUUGUGGCUGACCAUGGCCUCACCUUGGGCCACCUCAUGGGCGUCCUUCGGGAGUUUUUCACCAAACUGGGUAUCACCCAGUUGCGCUUUAAGCCAGCCUACAACCCCUACACCGAACCCAGCAUGGAGGUGUUCAGCUACCACCAAGGCUUGAAGAAGUGGGUGGAGGUCGGGAACUCUGGGCUCUUCCGCCCCGAAAUGCUGCUGCCCAUGGGGCUCCCCGAGAAUGUGUCCGUCAUUGCCUGGGGCCUCUCCUUGGAGCGCCCAACGAUGAUCAAGUACAACAUCAACAAUAUCCGUGAGCUGGUAGGCCACAAGGUGAACCUGCAGAUGGUGUACGACAGCCCCUUAUGCCGUCUGGAUGCCGAACAGGGGUCCCCACAGACACAGGAGACAACAUGACAUGGACCGCCCUGGACAGGCCACCCUCCCGAGCUCCUGCUGCCCAGCCCUUUGUAUCCCUGGCCAGUGGACCCCUUUGUAUUUAUGAAGCCUCUGUGAGGCUAUCUCCCUGUUCCUGGUAUCUCCUCUUCCCCACCCGCCCCAGGGUUCCAGGGGCAGGGGGGCAGGUAACCCAUUUGUUCUGAUGGGUGGGCCCUAGGGAGCCCUGCAGGUGGCUGCUGGCUAAUAAAGUGGGCAGUUACUUUUA